GGCGGCGCCGAGGAGGCGAUUGAGGCCGGACGGGGCGGACGGCGACGCAGCCCGCGGCAGAAGUUUGAAAUUGGCACAAUGGAAGAAGCUGCAAUUUGUGGGCUAGGGGUGAAAGCAGAUAUGUUAUGUAACUCUCAGUCAGAUGAUAUUCUUCAACAUCAAGACUCAAACUGUGGUGGCACAAGUAACACGUAUUCAUUGCAAGAAGGUGAUGGCAGUGACUUUAUAACAAAGAACAGGAAUUUGAGUGCAGCAUACCACACGCAAGAGCCAAGAGAGGAAAUCCCUGGGCAAGAAGCUCGAACAGAUCCCCCUGAUGGUCAGCAAGAUUCAGAGUGCAACAGGAACAAAGAAAAAACCUUAGGAAAAGAAGUUUUAUUACUGAUGCAAGCCCUAAACACCCUCUCAACCCCAGAGGAGAAGCUGGCAGCUCUCUGUAAGAAAUAUGCUGAUCUUUUCAGAAGCAAAUGAAGGUUCUGCAGAAGAAGCAAGCCCAGAUCGUGAAAGAGAAGGUUCACUUGCAGAGUGAACACAGCAAGGCUAUCUUGGCAAGAAGCAAACUCGAGUCUCUUUGCAGGGAACUUCAACGUCACAAUAAGACAUUAAAGGAGGAAAAUAUGCAGCAGGCACGAGAGGAAGAAGAACGACGUAAAGAAGCAACUGCGCAUUUCCAGAUUACUUUAAAUGAAAUCCAAGCGCAGCUUGAACAGCAUGACAUCCACAAUGCCAAACUCCGGCAGGAGAACAUCGAACUAGGGGAGAAGCUAAAGAAGCUCAUCGAACAGUACGCACUGAGGGAAGAGCACAUUGACAAAGUGUUCAAACACAAGGAACUGCAGCAACAGCUUGUGGAUGCCAAACUUCAACAAACGACACAACUGAUAAAAGAAGCUGAUGAAAAACAUCAAAGAGAGAGAGAGUUUUUAUUAAAAGAAGCCACAGAAUCGAGGCACAAAUACGAACAAAUGAAACAGCAAGAAGUACAACUAAAACAGCAGCUUUCUCUUUAUAUGGAUAAGUUUGAAGAAUUUCAGACUACCAUGGCAAAAAGCAAUGAACUGUUUACAACCUUCAGGCAGGAAAUGGAAAAGAUGACAAAGAAAAUUAAAAAACUGGAAAAAGAAACAAUAAUAUGGCGUACCAAAUGGGAAAACAAUAAUAAAGCGCUUCUCCAAAUGGCUGAAGAGAAAACUGUCCGUGAUAAAGAGUAUAAAGCCUUUCAGAUAAAACUGGAGCGGUUAGAGAAGCUGUGUAGGGCUCUUCAGACGGAGAGGAACGAGCUCAACGAGAAGUGCUUAAUGUGGCUCAACUAUGCAAAUGAUGAAUCAGGCUGCACUGAUGAAAGUAUUUGACAUCCCUGGUAUCAUUUGCAUUGAAACACUUUAUGAAAUGGUUCUACUAGGACUGUUAGCACAGUCCACUGAGCGAAACUACCAAACUGACAUUUCUUGAAUUGUUUACUGGACUGAAUAAAUUGUUUUGUCCAGUUAACAAGGGUUUUUUCUCUUUGUUAAAAGUUUUAUUUGUAAAGUGCUGUCACGUUCAUGGUCUAAACUGGGUUGAAAGAAUUGAAAAUUGUCCAAUAGAUAGGAAACAGUGCCUAGAGUGGAGGAUUACAUCUAAGCAUCCACCUUUCGUCAUGUUAAUCAAGGGGCCAGACAGUGGAGGAAAGAAACGCACAAAGUAGGUUAUGGAAUUAGUCUGAACAGAAAACAGCAGCACCCUCCCACAGCCUCUUAUAAAUAUCCCCACUGGCUACUAAAUGAAGUAGUGGACUCAUCUCCCGAGGGGGAAAUGAAGGCAUAUCAAAAAUAUAAUCUACCUUAAAAUUAGUACUAAUGAUCACAUUUCACAAGAACACUGCUGGAUGUACCGCUCUUAACAUUUUAUUAAGCCAUUUAUGUAGCCCACCACAGUUCUCUGUGGUGAUUGUCCUGUGUGGAAGAUUGUAAAUCUUGAACCUGUUGCCUAUUUUCAAGGGCUUUAUAAAGCAAUGUGAUUAAUAGUACUUGGCCUGCUGCUUUUGGCUUACUCUAUGUCCUUCUCGCUAGAUGCUAUCAUGGUGUUUAAAGGGUAUGGGUUCUAUCUGGGAUACAUCUGGUUGUCCUCGUGUAAUUUUCCACCCCAUUAUCCUGUGAAUAAAACACAUGGGACCCUCUGAAGACACCCUCCUAAAGCGAUCACCUCACCAGCCCAGUGUUGUGGCUUUGUGGCACACCCUGUUACCUACCAUAUUCUAGAACACUGUUAACGCUACUAGGCUGGCCCAGGAAAGGUUUAACUGUCUAAUUCACUUAAAUUGCAUUUGUUGCACCAUCAUGGAAUCUUGAUGUGUAUUUUUUCUAGUGGCACCAGACUCCAAGGUGUUGAGAAACUUGGGUCUUGGAUAAUGGACCACUUCAUCCUCAGACUUAAAGGAAUACAUUUCUUGGUCUUGAGACCGGUGUUCUUAGUUACGUAUGCAACUGCCUUUAUUACACCUGGUUAUCACAAUUCAAUUCUCAGGUGUUGCAGAAAAAAAAUCUACCUCUUUCAGACUGUAGAUGGAAAUAACUGUGAAAAAAAUGAUGCAGAUAUCUUCUAGUUUGUGCUAAACACACUGCUUUAUUUUUACAGCCCACGUCUUUCAUGAGGAUACGAAUUGUUAAGAGGCAGUCUUGUUUUGCUUUUCAAAGACAUUUUGUAGAGAUUUUUCACUAAUGUGAAUCUGAUUUUAUCUACUCGAUUCUGUAUAGAUGAAGUAAAUAUGUAUGAUAAAUUUAA